AUGGAGUCUUACCCACUGGUUAAGGCGCUGCUCACGUCUGCGGAUCUAGGGGAGACUACAUUACCCAGAGUUCCCGCGGGCGGCGCCAGGUCUGGUGCGCCUUUUUCUCGGAGAGCGGCUGCCAGCCGAGGUCGCCCGGCCAAGGCGGGGCGGGGGCGAGGAGCAGCAGGCCGCCUGGUGCUCGCCUCUCCCAGCGUGGCUGGAACGCAGGGCCCCAUCAUGGCGGCGGCGCCGACUCACCAGACACAGGUGUCUGUGACUUUCGAUGAUGUGGCCGUGACUUUUACCCAGGAGGAGUGGAGGCAGCUGGACCCGGCUCAGAGGACCCUGUACCAGGAGGUGAUGCUGGAAAACUGCAGUCUCUUGGUGUCUCUGGUUGACAAAGGAAAACCCAAGACCACAGAACCUACCACUUGUGAGCCAACCCUAUUUGAGGGAGCCUCUAUCCAGGAACUAAUACAAGGAGGCCCAGGCAACUCCCAGUUCAGACAAAGCAAGGAUCAGGAUGGGCUGUUGGAAAUGCAGGAAGGACGCUUGGGACCAGGGCUGGACCCCCAGAGGGAGAAGCUUCCUGAGAAAAUGAGUCCUGAGCAUGGCAGCUUAGGGACAGCUGGUGGUGUGUGUUCAAGGAUUGUAGAGGAGCUGGUCCCUGCAGAAGGUGCUGUCCACGACCAUGACUCAUGUGGAUCUGGUAAUGAUCACAUGAUUCAGGAAGAGGAAAGUAUCUUUAAAUGCAACGAAUGUGGGAAAGUUUUUAACAAGAAACACCUUCUUGCUGGACAUGAAAAGAUUCACUCUGGUGUGAAGCCCUAUGAAUGCACAGAGUGUGGGAAAACCUUUAUUAAGAGCACACACCUCCUCCAGCACCACAUGAUCCACACCGGGGAGAGGCCCUAUGAGUGCACAGAGUGCGGGAAGGCCUUCAACCGCAGGUCCUACCUUACACAACACCAGCGGAUUCACACUGGAGAGAAGCCUUACAAGUGCAAUGACUGUGGAAAGGCCUUCACCCACCGCUCCAACUUUGUCUUACAUAAGAGGAGACACACCGGGGAAAAACCCUUCGUGUGCAAAGAAUGUGGGCAAGUCUUUAAACACAAGUCAUACCUCAUGUGGCACCAGCAGAGUCACACUGGGGAGAAGCCCUACGAGUGCAGUGAAUGCGGUAAAGCCUUCUGUGAGAGCGCAGCCCUCAUUCACCACUAUGUCAUCCACACUGGGGAGAAGCCCUUUGAGUGCCUCGAGUGCGGGAAGGCCUUCAACCACAGAUCAUACCUCAAGAGGCACCAGCGGAUUCACACUGGGGAGAAGCCUUUUGUGUGCACUGAAUGUGGAAGGGCCUUUACCCACUGCUCCACUUUUAUCUUGCAUAAACGGGCCCACACUGGAGAGAAACCUUUUGAGUGCAAAGAAUGUGGGAAAGCCUUUAGCACUAGGAAAGACCUCAUUCGGCACUUCAGCAUCCACACUGGGGAGAAGCCCUUUGAGUGCACAGAGUGUGGGAAGGCCUUCAACCGCAGGUCAGGCCUCACCAGGCACCAGCGGAUUCACAGUGGAGAGAAGCCCUAUGAAUGCAUGGAGUGUGGGAAGUCCUUUUGCUGGAGCACAAACCUCAUUCGACAUGCCAUCAUCCACACCGGAGAGAAGCCUUAUAAGUGCAGUGAAUGUGGAAAGGCCUUCAGUCGUAGCUCAUCCCUCACUCAGCAUCAAAGGAUUCAUACUGGGAGAAACCCUAAUCCGUAUGAGUGCUUUGAAUGUGGCAAGGUCUUUAAACACAGGUCAUACCUCAUGUGGCACCAGCAGAUUCACACUGGGGAGAAGCCCUACGAAUGCAGUGAGUGUGGGAAAGCCUUCUGUGAGAGCGCAGCCCUCAUUCACCACUAUGUCAUCCACACUGGGGAGAAGCCCUUUGAGUGCCUCGAGUGCGGGAAGGCCUUCAACCACAGGUCAUACCUCAAGAGGCACCAGCGGAUUCACACUGGGGAGAAGCCCUACGUGUGCACUGAAUGUGGAAAGGCCUUCACCCACUGCUCCACUUUUAUCUUGCAUAAACGAGCCCACACUGGAGAGAAACCUUUUGAGUGCAAAGAAUGUGGGAAAGCCUUUAGCAAUCGGGCAGACCUCAUUCGGCACUUCAGCAUCCACACUGGAGAGAAGCCCUACGAGUGCAUGGAGUGUGGGAAGGCCUUUAACCGCAGGUCAGGCCUCACCAGGCACCAGCGGAUUCACAGUGGAGAGAAGCCCUAUGAAUGCCUCGAGUGUGGGAAAACCUUCUGCUGGAGCACAAACCUCAUUCGACACUCCAUCAUCCACACUGGAGAGAAGCCCUAUGAGUGCAGUGAGUGUGGAAAGGCCUUCAGUCGCAGCUCAUCCCUCACUCAGCAUCAGAGGGUUCACACUGGGAGAAACCCUGUCAGUGUGACAGAUGUGGGAAGAACCUUCACAAGAGGCGGGCGGCUGAAUCCUGGAGCCGCCUCUCUGGCCCCGCUCUCUCCUCACGGUCCCGUGAUGGCGGCGGCGUGGUUGGAUCCGGCGCGGGAGGCUUCUGUCGUCUACACUGCUGUGAUCAGUCUAGAGCAGUGUCUGCCUCCUGAAGUCUAG